AUGUCAAAGCGCACGGCAUGUACUAGUGAUGAUGAGUGUUCCUCGAAGCGGAAUUGGUGGAUGGCGCCAUCACCAUUGGCAGAUCAAGGUGCAUGGUGCAUUCUCGAACAGUUCCUCACUACCGACAUGACAUAUCCUCAGAUGGAAGAGACAUUUUCUUUAUACCUUGGUGAUCAAUACAUUGCAGACAACUGGAAGGAUGCCAGAAAUGUGUUAUUCUCUGGCAAUGCCACCUCUCAAGCACUCCCAUUCAAUGAUCACCUCAACGUCCUAAAUCGAGGACGGACUCCAGCACUCGUAUCAAACAAACGUUCGAAUCCAUACAUUGUCACUGAAGCAGACAAGAAAGAAGAGGAUGAAGAGGAUGAAGAGGAUGAAGAAGGCUCUUCUGUGUGGUUGCCAACAGUCACAUGCCUUUCUGGCCCAUCAGCCAAGGGUAGGUUGGCAGCAGCAUUUGAUAACAUUUAUGAUAGGAUCCAAGAGAACCCGCCCUCUUCAUCAGAAGGGCGCCAUGCUUGCCAUUGCAAGGCCACCUCAUCCCCCUGGGCAAUUGAAGGCAGAAUGUACCUUCUCCAUAUUCAGAGAAAUGGCACAGAUUAUAUUGCCAAACACCUUCAGAGUCAAGGAUUUCUCAUUACUGUGUCCGGUUGGGUAGCAGGCCAGUUGUAUGUUGUCGCAGACAGCCCCAGAACCAUCACAGCAUUGCUUCCAUCCUCACAUAGUUUUGCCAUUCAAGAAUAUGUUCGAAUCUCAGAAGAAGAACGUCAAGCAGUUGAACAUGCAAACUCCAAACUUCCUAACCCAGGGUGGGUGAGGAUCAAAUACGGCAAGUACAAGGGUGACAUAGGCUACAUUUUCAAUUCUGAUCAAUCUAAUGGUCUCGUCUCCAUCUUAAUCGCUCUCCGGGACUUUCCCUAUCCCAUGCCUGGUGGAUCUGCCAUUCGCGAUAUUCUCCAUGAUGGGAAAGUUGUGGGGUGCUGUUAUAGAGGCGAACAAUACUACAUGGGACUCUUGGUGAAAAAAUUUCACCGCGAUCACUUAGAAAUUGUUGCCUCUCCUCACACUGAUGACAUCAAACUGCAUAUGCAGUCUGCGUGGGACAUGCCCUUCGUCAGGAAAACACUGUUAGCAUUUUCGAUGCAAUUCUUGCACACAGGCGAUUUGGUCAGGAUUAUUGCAGGAGAAAUUCGCUCAAAGAUCAGUACAGUCGUUUUGACAGGUCACACCUCUGGCUCCGAUCUAGAGCAUAUUUUUUGUGUUGGCGACAAAAUUCAAGUCGUUGCAGGCCCAUACUUGGGUCUGGAGGGCCACAUCAUUCAAAUAAGCGAUGAUAUGUUCCACAUUUAUCAGGCAGUCUCCAAAGAAGAGGUGCUUGUUUCGAGAUACUACUUAGAUCAUUGCCCCUUGCAUCAUGUCUUUCACCUGCAGCUACCUGUGCAGCAGCGCUUCGAGCCUCCCCCUCAGUCCAAAUCUAUACAAGUAGGAGAUCACAUAGAAGUGCUUGUGGGAGAGCAUUUCAAGAAAUGCAGCAUUGUGGAGUGGUUCCCCAUGGGGAGCGCAAUGCUAUGGUUCCAGGAUAUGGACCCUAUGUUAUCUGGGGAUGAUGUGGGUACUAGUGUUGGACUGUUAAGAAUUCAAGUUCCUGUAGCAGUUGUUCAGCGGACCAAGCUCCCUGAUACCCUCAAAUACACACAGGAAAGGGGCUAUGAUGUGAGGCCUGGAGAUGUCAUGAGUGUUGCUCAUGGAUUGGAGUAUCAGAGGAAAGGGGUUGUACAAAACAUCGACUUUCCAAACGCUCGCUUGACCUUUCUUUCUGAUAGUGAUCACUCCCUUAUCAACGUCCCAAUCAGAUUUGUGAUAAAGCCGCGAAGCAUUACCCCCCCACCUGUCCAGCUCCUGGCCAGUUCUUCCACCAGUGCAGUCAGUAGCCUAUCAUCAUGGGCUUCCUGGACUGCCAACCCAGAGAAUCCUGUGCAUCCAUGCGAAUCGUCAAGCAUCACACCCAGCUUGUUGACACUUGACCCCUGGACUGUCAAUCCUCGGGACACCCAAGAUGAUAUUGACACCAGAGCAGACAAACUCACAGACAUUGGCCCUCUACCCUGGUUAAUGGGCAAGGAGUAUUCCUCAAUGCUCCUUCUGCAUCACACAGUGUUGAAAGUCGCUGUAGGUUUCAUGGGAGGCAGGUUACACAAACAAUUUGUGUUCAUGGCUUGUCCUGACCCCUUCUGCGGUGUGAAUGGACCUGCACCUGAAGAUUGUAUCGCUGUAUUCUGCACAUCCAGUAAUGCAGGGGCUACACUUCAACACUACCACAUUCCCACCAAGGAUCUGAGCCCAGCUCCCCCACGCAGAAAAAAACAACAGGUCCUUGUUCUGGAAGGGGAUUCUUGCAGACAUAUAUUUACUGUCAUGAAAUGUAAUCUGAAGAAGAAUAGUGUUGAGGUUGCAAUUUCGCCUACAAGUAGUAUUACCCUGCGUUUUGAUCAGAUAUGUCUUGUAGAAUGGGCACAAAGUAUGAUGUGA